GAAUAUCCUGACUCAUUCAAGUUUGGGUUCAUGUAUCUAUUUAUUGCUCCUCAUAGGACAAAUGGACAAAAACGGUUACGCUGUCUUCUUUGUCUAACAAUCGGCAAUAGAUUUGCAAGUGAUUUAUGAGGUUUCAUAUAAUUUUUUUUCGAUUUUUCAAGUUUCUGAACGCAACUAGUGAAUAUUAUGCGAUUAAAUACAGAGAAGUAUGAGCGGCUUUUCCGUUAGAAAGAGUCGGACAUACACCAUUAUACAAGAGUGAAAAAAUAGCAAACAGAGACUUUCUUAUUUACGUUUGUAAUUGGCCGUAUAAUACAAUAUGAAUUCCACCGAUCGACAUGAGUGACUGACUGAGACUUCAAUUAUAAAAAUCGUAAAUUAAUAAUGAGAAGGAGUGCCAGUGAAUAUGCUCAUGGAUAAGAUAGAGGAAAGGAUAUUCGCGGAUCAUCACAAUAAUGGAGACGGAAUCUGUGAGAUCCGAAUUGAGUAGCCGGUCUCGGCGCAGCUCAAGGCACAGGCAGCAUACACACCGGAGCACCAGAAGUACUAAAUCGCAAAGAAAAGACUGUGGAGACAACACAAUGGCCCCAUUCCAAACCAGUGUGAAUAUUAACCCCGAAAUGGGAAGAGAUGGACAAGAGGUUAUUGAAGUACAAAUUCUACCCCAAGAUGAGAACUGGGGAGAAACGACCACCGCUGUAACUGGAAACACAUCUGAAGGCUCCCAAUCCAUGGAGGAUAUCGGCAAUUGGCCAAUGGAGAAUGAUACGGGAUUAGGUUUUCUCUGUUCCAGAUAUUUUGGCACUACAAUAUCGCUCGGACUUGCUUUUGUAUCAUUUGUGAGUCCUUUAACAAUGGUUGUGUUGCCCAAAAUAGGGUUUUUCCCUGACCUAUCUGAUAAUAUAGCAAUACAACCAAGUCAAAGAAUACAAUUGCUCGCAUGUACUGCUGAGUGUAAAGGUAUUUUGUUAUCAUUGGCGUUCAAGCUUGUCUUACUCGCCAUAGGAGUUUGGGCAGUAUUUUUAAGACCGAGAAAUGCUAUUCUACCAAGAAUCUUUGUAUUUCGCGCUAUGACACUAGUUAUUGUAGCUGUAUGUAUAUUUUCCUACUGGUUGUUUUAUAUUGUACAAAUAACGGAAGCAACGAAGGCGUUGGCUGUUGGCGAAGAUGCUAUUGAUUACAAGUCACUUGUUGGAUACGUAUCCAAUUUUGCAGAUACACUGCUUUUUAUACACUAUGUAGCUGUCAUUCUAAUGGAGAUACGGCAUCUGGAACCAGUGUAUUAUAUAAAGGUAGUGAGGAGUCCAGAUGGAGAAAGUAGAUCAUAUUCUAUUGGGCAGCUGAGUAUACAGAGGGCUGCCGUGUGGGUCUUACAGAAGUAUUAUACGGAGUUUCCAAUUUAUAAUCCAUAUUUGGAGAAAAUACCAAUAUCAAAAUCUCAGAGGAGGGCGCAGUCCAGCAUCAAGUUUUAUGACGUAGACAGUUCAAAUACAAAUCCAUCCUCAGGGCAACCAAGGACGGGCGCGGGGUCGUGCACGGGCAGCGGCGGGCGGCGGCGCGAGGCGGGCUCGGCGCACAACGAGCGCUACUACGAGGAGGCGGAGCGCGAGCGGCGCGUGCGCAAGCGCCGCGCGCGGCUGCUGGCCGCCGCCGACGACGCCUUCGCGCACGUGCGCCGCCUCCGCGCCGCGCCCGCCGCCGCCGCCGCCGCCUCCGCCGCCAGCGGCGUGCUCGGGCCGCGCGAGGCGGCGGCCGCCGUGUUCCCGUCGCUGGCGCGCGCGCUGCAGAAGUACCUGCGCGCCACGCGCCAGCAGCCGCGACACUCCGCCGACUCGGUGCUGGCGCACCUGGCGCGCUGCCUGGCGCAGGACGCGUCGCCGCGCGCGUUCGUGGAGCCGUUCGUGGUGGAGGGCCCGGUGCUGGCGCACGAGCAGGAGGCGCGCGCGCUGCAGCGCUGGGCGCUCAUCUCCGACCACCUGCUGGCGCGCCCGCUGGCCGCCGGCGUGCACUUCCAGCUGCGCCAGGGCGACGUCUACCUGCUGUGCUCCGUCAAGCGGCUGCCCAAGUUCAGCCUCGCCGAGGAGGUGGUCGAUCCCAAGAGCAACAGGUUCGUGCUGCGGCUCAACUCCGAGACGUCCGUCUGACACGACCACUGCCCGAGCAGGGAUGGCCACAGAUACGUAUGACAUUUAGAUUUUAUUUAGAUUAAGAAUCUCACUUCGAAACGACAAGCCAAUGAUUGUUUAGAGAUUAGUAAUUUAUUUGCAGACGUUACCGCCUUAUUCAUCGAAACGACGGACGUUUAAACUUAGAUAAAGAAAUAUUUUCUCCUUUUCUUUUACCCUCAAUUUUUAAUUUGAAUUUUUUUCUUUCGUUUUUAUAAAUACACAUAGGUAACACUAUAAAAUGAGAUUAAUAAUGCAAUAUUAUCACCAAGUGAUUUACUGACUGAAGUUAAACUAAAGUUGAGAUAGGACGAAGCGAAAGGUUAACCUCCAUAAUGAAUCUUCCGUUACUAAUGCCUUAGUGAAGUAAUGGUGGUUUCGCUACAAUAAUAUGAGGUUUAUAAACGCUCUCUGUGCAAAUGAGAAUUGUUAGUCACUAAUAUUGCGCGGUGACAAAGCCGCUUAUAUGCAUUCGUAGUAGACAAAGUUUUCAAAUAGGAAAACGAAUGGCUGUUAAGAUGUCCACUAGCCAGUCAUUAAUUAAUUCAGUUGGAGUUCUAAUUUCUUUAAAUAACUGUUAACCAUUUCGAUAAUAAUAUGUGUUAAGUAACCAUACAAAUCACUUGCCCCUUCUAGAAAAAGUACAAACGAAUCUAUUAAUAGAAUCGUUAUCGCUAGCGAAUCCAGGUGAUAGAAUGAGAUGGCGAUGUGUGCUGUCUUUUUCUAUCUUAUGUGAGUGCUAAUCGAAAUGAUUCUAUAGAUAAAUUCGUUGUCUAAUACGGCUGGUUCUCAAGCUAGAGUACUCUUCGUUAUGAGGAACCAGGCAAUGUUCAUAAUUUUUACGUUAAUUAUUAGAGUGUUUUCACACUUUCUUUCAUGUUGAGAAAUUAGUGCAAAAGAUAAAGACAAUAGACUUUAAUAGCUAAAAUAGGCGUACGUCGGAGAUUUUUAUUAGUAAGUGUGGAACUGAGCUCAAAUUUUACUUGCCACUGGGCAGCUAUUUACGCUUGUUUUUAAUGUAAAUAGAAGGAAUGUAGAGUAUCGAGUAGGCUAAUUCGUUUUAUAAAAUUUGUAUUCUGUGAAUAAAAUUGGCGGGAAUUGUUUUUGUCAUUGUCUAUGGUAUAAAAAAAGAAGUGCGUCGUUUGUCUUUAUCGUUGAUCCGAUAUAAGGUUCAUAUUUGUGCCAGGCUCUACGACGACGUCAAUCAUUAGUACAAAGUAUUAUUUUGAUUAUGGUUUGAUAGCUGCUUUAUUUAUCUAUUUAUUGCCUGUGUAGACAAGAGACAUUUUGUCUACGGAUAUAAUUUCUCUUUGUUUUUGCUUACUCUGUCCAGUUAUUUGAAUCUAUUAAAAGAAUCAUAAUUAAUACAUUUUAGUCUAGUUAUAAUAAAACGCCCAAAAUUGCAAGUUACAAUGUAGACUUGAAAUAUUUUACAAGUAUUUUAAAUACACUAUCGGGACUUAAUGCGAUUAAAAAUUACAGGUAAAUUUUUAAUCGCUUUAAGCAUUUAAAUGAUUUUUUUGCAAGUAGCCUGUAAAAUAACAUUCUGUCAUGUAUAUAAUUCACAGAGACUGCUAUAAAAUAUCGUUUAAUGAAAUAAUUUCAUACUCAUAGUCGCUGUGCUCAAAUGUAUUCGUGAGUCAUCGGCUGCGGUUGAUUAGUGGUGAAAUGAAAUCUCAGACUAUUGACUGAAUCGUAAAAGCGAAUUAAUUCUAGACUUUAACACACUGAUCAUAAAAAUCAUAUUUAAAAUUUCAUUUUCAAUAGAAAAUAGAAGCAGUUGUGAAGUUGGGUGAUUGAGAUUUACAAUCGCUGUCUAUUAUUUACAAAAAAAUAUUUCAAUAAAUGAAUACUAGCAAUAACUCCCAUGUCUACGACAACGCACAUCUUUUGACAGAUUGUGCGAAGAGAAACUUCAUCUGUGGACAAAGAGUUCAUCAUCUGUACAUACCUUUAUGUAAUGAAGGAGAUAGAUUAUGUUAUCUGUGGUCCGUACCCAUUGAUUUUUUUUUUAUAAUUAAGUUACAGAAUUUUUUAAAAAUGUCCUCAAUUGACAUUAAAUGUUUGAUAAAAAAAUGACUUUGUGCAAUUGAAAUUGAUUAUUCUAAAUAAAAUAGAUGUAAGGUGUGUGAAAUUAAGCCGUUUUGAAGACUUGAUAUGUAUUUGUAGUUUUAAGAUUUUUUUUUAUGAAUUUACACUUUAUAUGAAGUAUUGUAAAUUUUGUGUCAUAUAUAUAUUAUAUUUUUAAUGUGUAGUUCUAAGUACAAUAAUUAUGCACAAAUAGAUUAAUUAUCAUAAGUAGUUUGAUAUUUAACUAAUAUAAGUAGAUGGUUAAUAUGUAAAGAAGCGAUUACUAUAGAUCUGAAUAGAAUAGAGAAAUACGUCAUUAAAAUGCGUUCGAAUGAUAACAUAUUUGUACGUACAGUACAUACAAAUGAAUAGAUGUUUGAAAGAGAGAAAAAAAAAGAUACAUAAAGCAUAAUUAUUAUAUUUAUUUUUUUGUAGAAAAUUGGUAAACGAAUCUCUAUUUUUAUUUAUUUGUUUAUUUUAUUGGUUAUCUCCAAAUAAAUCUUUGAGAUAGAAUGAAAUGUUGCCAUGUCUUGUUUCUCAUGCAAUCGUUAACUAAUAUCGAUAGACUCACGUUAUUGCAUGCAUGUGAAAGAAUGUGACAACGUUCAGGUUCUUAUACCAUGUAUACCCUUAUACUCUACUUGUCUAAAGGGUUGUUAAUAUCAUAAAUUGCUAAUAUGGCACGUUUUAGAACUGUAUUCCGAAUCACCAGUGAUCAUUUUAGACUAAGUUCAAGUCAGCUUUGAUUUACUUUUUAGACAUAAUUACAGGCGAGUGCGAUUCGUACAAACAUAUCAAGUUUAUACUUCUCAUUAACCUAUGCUACUAUUGUAAAUUUAAUGCCAUUUCGGGAAAAUGUACAGAACUCUCGUUUUUUUUUUUUAACAGCCGAUCAGCCGAGACUAUCUCUGUACGAUUGAUUCAACCAAUCACAAUAGAUACUUUUUACACAAGGCACAUUUCAAAACACGUUACACGUUCAGUAUAAUUGUUUUAUUGAUAAAUAUUAAUACUUGAUAAUUCGAUUAUUACAUUGGAUAAAUUGUAAUUUUGCAAAAUUAUCUCUUUGUUGACGUCAGAUUUUUUAAACAAUGAUAUUGUAAGUUGCAUUCUCUAGAUUAAAAUUUCACCUUGAGGGUUUUUGCCAGUAGUUGCCACGUUUGGCAGGCAGAUUGGCAACCGCAGUCAGGCUUUGGAGAUGUUUUAAGAGGUACACUGCUGCCUAUGUCUUGCCGUCCUUAGUCGCCUCUUACGACACCCACGGGGAAGGAAGGAGUGGCUUAUCCUAUGCCGGGACCACAAGGGAAUUAUCGGAUAUUUAGAUUCAGGUUAUAAGUAUAUGGGGACAUUCUGUUUGAUAUCCCAUAGAAAUUAUUGGUCUAAAGAUCGGUGGUUAUAUAUAUAUAUAUAU